AUCGAUCAUGAUUGAAUUUUUUUUGAAAGGAAAACUACUUAUAUUAAUAUCAUUAGGGUUCAAAUCGUUACAUCAAACUCAAAGACAUCCAUACUGACAACCACAAACUUUAACCAACUAUCACUAUCAACCCUAAGGCUAGACAUAGAAACGACCACCCUUGAAAGAGCGAUACGAAUCGCUAACCAUCAAAAGGGUAUCCAUCACUCACUGGCCAUAUCGAUCCUUAUAACAAUAUAAUAUCUAACAGAAUUAUCCCUCAUUAUUUUAGGCCUAAAACUACAUAAAUUAAUAAAAAACAGAACAACGUAAUUAAGCAAAACACUAAAAGACACCCAUAAAAAAUGUAAUAACUGAUAAAAACUCCAAACUCUUUCUGAAAACUUCAUCUUCCACCAAAACUUGGCCUCUCGAUCUUUCCAAGGCGGCGGUUCUGGAGGGGACGAAUCAUAAACUCAUCAUCUUGUUUCUCCCUUCCCGAAUCUGGAUUUCACUGUGCCAGAUCUGCCCAAACAACCGCGUCAGUCGCCUUCCCAGCCAUUUGGAGUCCAAAUCAGCCCCUUUCUUCAAGCUCGAACCCAUCAUUGUACCUCCCGGAUCAAAAACCACGGGUGUAGUUUCCAUCUCAAUGACCAAUAAGGCCAAGAUAACCCAGCCCAGUAUCGAUUUACCACGCCUCGCUACCUUACUGGUCGCAAAUCCGCAGCCUCCUCCUGAAUCGAUGAUCGCCAAAGACAGCCGGCCAUCGAUGUCGCCCUGCUCCAUGUCAUUUGCCCAAAAACACUAAAUCAAACUCGUUCGGUGAAGUUGUUGUCGAGCGAGACACCUGCCGGAGUCCUGGUGCUUCAAUUCCUCGCGAGCAGUCCAGGUGCUUCGAGCGAGACGCACACGUUGUGCGAAGAGAAGAAGAAAAAACGCGGAUGAGAGAGUAAUAAGAGCGUCUAAAUGGUUAGCUAAUUGUCAUUAUGUCUUAACUAGCCACACAAGCAUUUGUAGCAAAAUUGAAACGUACUCCAAUGCUUAACUAUAAUUUUCUCCUCUUCAUUUAUUAUAAAUAAAGUUAUGUUUAAUUAAUAAUUCUUCUUGCUCAAGCUAGUAGUUCAUUUUGACUGAUUAGUUUUCUAAUGCAAAAGGAAAAAUAAUGCUCCCAUGGUAAGCUAUUAGUUUUAAAAUUGCAAACAAGUCUUCCAAAUGAGUUUUCCUCACAAUUGAAGGAGUUUUUUUUCGAAUUAAUGCUAAUUAAUUAAUUAAUUACGAAAAUAAUGUUGGGUUAAAAGUAUUUACGGAUCUACUGCUGAGUUUAACCGUGGUAGGGGUAAGUCGCCAAACCGUUUGGCGACUUAUAAGUCGCCCAACCGUUGGGCGACUUACCCCUUAAACAUAAGUCGGGUUCGGGCAGAACGCAACAUUUCCCCCAAAUCCCCAAAACUCCCAAACCCUCUGCAGCUCCCCCGACUCCGGCGAAGUGCGGCGACCCACCUCCCCCUGACUCCGGCGAAGACCCUCUAGGUCGUCGAUGGCUAUUUGUUGGUCUAAGUCGCAUGUCAUCCGCUACUGGGCUCGGUGUCUACAGGGAUGCAUUUGAUCGGAUGUCUGAGGAUCAGAUUACAUGGAUGCCCUAUACAGUUGAGAUGUUUGCAGAGUUGCCCCCGGCUUUACGAGAGCAUACUGACAUAUGGCGAGCACGUGUGCCGUUGAUAUGUUUUGACAUUGUUGAGUUUCAUUUGCAUGAUCGAGUCUUGCGACAGUUUGGGUUUGAGCAGGUCAUUCCACGGCCUAUCGACACUUAUGUAGAGCUUCAUAGGCUGGAUAGGCGUGGGAAGCAUUCGGAGGAUUGGGCACUCAGACAUGUCCGAUACGUCACUAUGUGGGACAUCAGCGGGCUACUGCCACAGUGAGUGAUACUCAUGAUGUGGACAUGUAUGGACAGACUCUGACAGGCAUUGCCUCCUUGUGUUCAGAUGUGUUGGGGCGAGUCGACUACGGCCAUCUUAUACACAUGCCCCCAUCUCAGGAGAUGUCAUCGACGUCUAGUGCAGCGGCGACUUCAUCAUCCCAGACGCAGCAUGAGAGAGUGGUUCUUCAACCACGACCACGGCGUAGGCGUAGACAUCAGCAGCAACAUCUCCAUGACCAAGAUGAUCAAGAUGACCAUGAGAACUUGUAGUUUGCCUUUUGUAUUGCAGUUUUUAUUGUACAGUAGAUGUUGUAGGAACAAUUUACAACAUUUUACGUAUGUUCUCUUCUAAACUCUUGCGUGUUGUCUUGAUGUGUUCGAGUAUGAAUAUUAGAUGGCAGUAGUUGUUGGUCACAA